AUGGCCAACCCGCAGCAGCGCGCUGUCUUCGACGCCGUAUGCCGCGCGACCUGCCUCCGAACCAACGACGACGUCAAUUUUUCUUAUCGGUCCAAUGAACACAUCGCGAUUGCCGUUACCUCUACGGGCCUCGCUGCGCUCACACUUCACGUCAACGCCGAUACGAUCCUCGGCGUGAGGAAACAGAGCCACAUCGCUGCGUUGCUUCGCGAGGCCGAUUUCUUCGUCUGGGACGAUUGCUCGAUGAUCCACAAGGACGCCAUUGACACCGUCGAUCGCAUGCUCCAGGAUAUUUGCUCCGAGCCGCCUCGACUUUUUGGCGGCAAGACCUUUCUUUUCUCGGUCGAUUUCAAGCAAACUUAG